AUGGGAAAAGUAUUGGAACCGUACUAGGGAGGAAACAGAUCUUCUUUCUUUACCAGCCACGCGGGUCACCACACAGGACGCGGUUUCACACGCGCACUAGUCUUCACCGCAUUAACUACAAUUUUUCACGCUGACUCCCCAACCAGCCAUCAUGAAGUCUCCAGGACAGGAAGCCAGUGGGAAUGCUAAGGUAAAGAAGAUGGGUAAGAAGAAGGCAUUGCCAAAGGAUGACGGCGUUGCUGCUGUGAAGAACGACAAGAACGACUUCAAGAACAACAGGGGAGGAGACCGCGGGGGCAGAGGAGGACCGCGUGGAGGCCGAGGUGGGGGCUUCAGGGGCGGGCGAGGUGGUUUUGUUGAAUUCAGCGGAAGGGGUGGAUUCCGUGGAGGGUUCAGGGGUGGCAGAGGCGGAGACCGAGGUGGUUUCCGUGGUGGGAGAGGCGGAUUCCGGGGUGGACGAGGUGGAGGCCCCAGAGGUUUUCUUGCGGCACAGGAUACCAGGCAGAAGGACAACAAGACUCUGUUCAUCACCUUCAACUCAUUCAUCACCAAGAAGGAUGCGGAGGAGGUGUUCAAUGCGGUCUCCGAAGAUGCUGUUUUUGAACUGGGCAGAAACAUGCGCAUCGAAUUGCCCAGUGAAGCAGCAGCCAACGCCGUCAAGGACAAGAUUACUGCACUUAACCUGGACGUUUCAAGUAUGGACAAAGGAUUCUUGAGGCCUGACUACAUCUCACAAGCACAGAAGAGAGGUGCAUCAGAGCAGGCUGCCACCCCCAGCAAGAAGGUGAAGUCUGAGGACGGCACUGCCAAGGCAAAGAAGAAGGUUAAGAAGGAGCAAAAGAAGGUGGAGGAAGAGGAGGAGGUUGAAGAUGAGGAGGAGGAGGAGGAGGAGGGAGACGAUGAGGAGGAUGAGGAGAUGGAGGGGGAUGCUCAAGGUGAAGAUGAUGAUGAGGAGGAGGAUGACGAGGAGGAGGAUGAAGAUGAGGAGGGGGAUGAAGAGGAGGAAGGGGAUGAAGAUGAAGAGGAGGAGGAGGAUGAGUGAGAUUGAAAUGUACAAUUGUGUGUGCUCUCGCUUAUAUGUAUGUGUGUGUGUGUGUGUGUGUGUGUGUGUGUGUGUGUGUGUGUGUGUGUGUGUGUGUGUGUGUGUGCAUGCAUGUUUACAGUGUAUUUAAGUAGCUUGUUUCAAAGUUGUUUAUAGAACUUUAUCAACAGUUUGAACUCUAUUUUUUACAAACAUACGUACCUUUUUAAGUGUGUAUGUGUGCGCGCAUGUAUGCGUGUGCUUGUGUGUAUGGUUCUACAAACCUACAACACUUUUUAGUUAACAUGCGACUUUGUGAGUAAAUGAGUAAAUAAUUGAUGUGUUUCUCUGGACAUUGGACAUUAAAGCAGCAAUGAUAACCAAGGUUGGGGUGGAGUUAGGUCAGGUUAGAUGGGGUACAACUGAGGCUUGUAUCCAGAAACACUGUGCUGUCUCAAAUGACUGUUUUCAAGGGCCAUAAAGAUGAUUAGCUGUGUUCUCAAGGCUGUUUCUCCUGUUAACAAUGUAGAAAUCUUAUUCUGUCAUUGGAACUGUAUAAACUCGCUUAAAAACCUGUGUCACAAACUACAGCCUUUUGAAAGUAGUGGAUGUGCAGACAGUGUUUCUGUAUAAAGUCAACUGACCACCACUAACUGGCUAACUGGACAGACUGACUGGUGGAUAGGGGUAGAUUAAAAAUUUACAGAAAUUCCCAAAGUUUAUAUUAUGAAACUUGUAAAUGAAAAGUACCAUUGAAAGUUAUUUGCUAAAAAGUAGUGCCAGAUUUUCUUAAGACGGGAUAAAAGGCUAGAUUUGCAAGUUUAUUUGAAAGGAAAUAUUUACAAAGAAAUUAAACGUCCAGAUUUGUAAGGCCAAGUGAAAGAUAAGGUGACUGGAAAAAGGCUGGAUUUACAAGUUCCGUUAAAAGUUAAGAUCUACAAAAAAAAUGAUAAGACGAUAGAAAAUUCAGUUGAAAGUGGAUAUUUACAAAAGUUCAGGAAAGAGCCAUGUUUAAAAGUACAAAUUAAAGUUAAAAUUUGUAUGAAAAAGCUACAAAAAAAUUUUAUUAAGUUUAGUUAAAAGCUAAGAACUGCAAGAAAUUUAUAUGAAAAGUUAGACUUAAAAGCUCAAUUUGAAAAGAUUUACAAAAAAAAAAAUAUAGAAAGACCUGAUUUAUUCCAUUGAUGUGGAAAGGAAGGUUAGAAUUACCAUUUAAAUUUAAAGUAUAGAUUUACAAAAAAAAAAAUAAAGAAAGAAUUGAAAGUAAAAAAAAAAAAAAUAAUAAUAAUGUAAUGUUGGGAAGGAAUGUGCUGGAGCAAGUUAAUAUUCCAUUGAGAUUUCUUAAAUGUGAUUGAAUUUGUUUGCUGUGCCAAUUAAGGGAAGACUGGUCACCUCGCCUUGCCUUGCCUUGCUGAAGAAGACACUUAGAGGUACAAACUGUAGUUUUAUCAGUAUUUUUUACCUUGGCUUUGUGAAUAAGUGAAGGAAAGGAGUUUGAGAAAUUUCAGAGCUAGAAUUAGUAUUAUUUUUAGGAGUGCCUGUCUUAAAACAUUGUGAAAGAGAGAGAGAGAGAGAGAGAGAGAGUGUGCAUGUGUGUGGGUGUGAUUUUUUUUUUUAUAUAUCUUUUCAUCUUAAUUUUUAUCAUCUUUAUUUUUUUCCUUUCUUCAUCUUCUCUCAUCUUCAUCAUCUCUUCAUCCUUUAUUUUCAGUUUUUUUUUUUUUUUCUCCUAUCAUCAAAUUAUCAUAUUUCUCUUCUCUAUCUUUAAUUUUUACCCAUAUCAAGACUCAUUUCUGUUUUAUUUUAACUUUCUUUUUCUCUCCUCUCUCCCUCUACUUCUCCGUCUUCAGAUCUUAAAUAAAAACUUAAUUCCAUUCUCUCUCUCUCUCUCCUCUCUCUCUCUCUCUCUCUCUCUCUCUCUCUCUCUCUCUCUCUCUCUCUCUCUCUCUCUCUCUCUCUCUCUCUCUCUCUCUAUCUCUCUCUCUCUCUCUCUCUCUCUCUCUCUCUCUCUCUCUCUCUUCUCAGCCUUUAUUUCAACAUAACAAACACUUAUUUUCUCCCCAUCAUCUAGUACUUUUUUUUCUCCCAUCCUUCAUAUCUUCCAAAAAAUUACAAUGAAUUCGCAAAACAAAAACUGGACAAGACGGAUUUUGGGCUAAACUUGUCUGUACAUGUUUGCUGUGAGGAAAACAAACGACCACUAUCUAGGCAAGUGUGUUGUUUGCCUCUCCAUUGUGUUCAGGUGUGGACAGAUGUGCAGUAGCUGGGCCACACCUGGUUAGGCUAGCACCUCCACCACCACCACCAUCAUCGCUGCCUGUUUUAGGAGAGGUGGUGGUGAAUGAAUAAUAAUGGUGAUUUUGUGAA